ACUCAUGCUGCCUCCUUGCCCGGAUGUUUGACCCACAGCACAAAGCAGCUACCUUCAGGUGUGGGGUCCGCCAGUGCAGAAGGAGGUUGGAUGUGGAUGGACCCAGCCUGGGAUGGAUCCCCGGGGCCUCUGCCUGGCACAGUCAAUGUCCGGGUACGGGAGCUGAGCUGGCAGGGCCAGCACAACCCCUCCCCACACAGCAAGGGCUUCGGCAGCCAUGGGAGCAUCCACAGGGAGCAGCUAAUGAAGGAGCACCUGUCUCCUGCCCGACUGCAGGCCCUGGCCCAGGUGGAUGACCUCCAAAUGGUGCGGGUGCUGGAGAUGUGUGUGGACACCCGUGAAAACAGCCUGGGGAACUUUGGAGUGCACCUCCCCAACCUGAGCCAGCUGAAGCUGAGUGGCAGCCGCCUCGCCUCCCUCAGAGACCUAGGCACCUCUCUGGGCUGCCUGCAGGUGCUGUGGUUGGCCCGCUGCGGUCUGACUGACCUAGACGGCAUUGGCUCCCUCCCGGCGCUGAAGGAACUCUACGUCUCCUACAACAACAUCUCGGAGCUGAGCCCACUGUGCAUGCUGGAGCAGCUGGAGGUGCUGGACCUGGAGGGCAACAGCGUGGAUGACCUGGGGCAGGUGCGAUACCUGCAGCUGUGCCCGCGCCUGGCCACGCUCACGCUGGAGGGCAAUCUGGUGUGCCUGAGGCCAGCCCCCGGCCCUUCCAACAAGGCAUUCCAAGGCUACAACUACAGGGCAGAGGUGAGGAAGCUCAUCCCCCAGCUGCAUACCCUUGACGAGAUACCUGUCACACACACCAACCUGCCAGACACCCAGAAGCUGAACCAGGACUGGUUCAUGGUGAAGGAAGCCAUCAAAGAGAGCAGCCUGCUGGACAGUCUCCUGCCCCGGCUAGAUCACUCCCCCGGAGCCACCCUGCGGAAACUUGACCCAGUGCUGCCCCUGGCAGAGACCCCGCCCUGGUCCCUGUCUCUGCUGGUCCCGGGGGGACCCCUGCCUGAAGACCUGCUUCCUGAGGACCCAGCCCCAGGAGACCAUGCCAGCAACCUCACCCAUGGUGCCUGGCAAGUCCUCUGUGGGAACCCCACCAAAGGCCUGCGAGAACGUAGACACCAGUGCCAGGUACAUCCUCCCCACACCCCCAGUACCCUCCCCCAUAGGAAGGUGUCACAGAAGAAAGGGGCUGAAGCUCCGAAGGACCCCCUGAAGGCCCCUGGAGAACAAGAGGACCUGUUUGAGCCCCAGACCUCCCCCAGCCCUCCAAGCCUGACCUCAGGGCUUUCCAGGACCUUGUGCUGUCACCUGAUCCCUUCUCCUCCCAAGUACCCAAUGCCACCUAAUUCAGACCACAGCUCCCCCGGGGCAUCAGACCUGCCCUUCAGGGGGCGCAGGCUCCGAGCCCUGGGCAGUAUGGGCCCCACCCCCGUUGAGAGGCCUGGCCUGGGUGAAAGGCUGGCUACAGCCACUGCCCUGAGAGCCCUGGAGGUGUCCUCAGGCCCCGGCCCUCGAAUCCAGGGGUGUCCAGACACAAACCCAAUAACAGAUCCAGCAGCCAGGCCACCAGGUCUCUGCUGUCUACCUCAUCUAAAUCCUAUCCCUCCAGCCCAUUCCCACCCUUAGUCCCCCCCACCCUGCCCCACUGAUGGGCUUGCCUCAGUAGGAGCUGAGAGGUGCCCAGAAGAUCUUGAGACCACCACCAGGAUUCUGGCCUCAGCAUCUAGUGGACGUGGGGAUGGGAGGUGAGCCUGGUGCUGGAGAGGCCCCUCUUGGCGGAGUGACGUCCAGGACUUGGGACAGCCAGGGCAUCCGAGUUCAGACCCCAGGUUAGGUUUGAGGGGAGGCCCAGCUCCCCACCCCUCCUAGCCCACUCGCCCUCCCAGGGGCCUGGGGCAGAGGGGCAGGCCUUGCCAGUGAGGAGUGGACGGGCUGCAGCAGCUGGACUCUGCAGGUCCCCCAGGCUCUGUGGGACCUUCUUUGUUGCCCACGGUCCAAGAUGCUCACCCUAGACCUCCAAGGGCACACCUAGCACUCGGGAAAUGGUUCUGUCCUCUUGUAACAGUCAAAUCACUUUCGACUCUCAGGUGUUCAGAAAUGCUGUUUACUUUGUAGGCAAAGUUGGUUCAAUAAAUUAUGCAGCUGGUACUGCC